AUGUUGCUCAAUUUGGUCGCCUACUCAUCGCUUCUCCAUCUCGUUUCAGCCACCAUUUUCUAUUUCAAAGUUCACCUGAUAUGUCCGCGCAUCAACGGAACAAAUCUCUCCUAUCAUUUCGCGGUGAGCCAUUUCGAGAAAGACAUAUUCUCGCCCGAUGACGAUAUGUCGAAACCCAUACUAGGUGAAACAAAUAAAACCGAGCACUGGUUUUAUCAGUACGGAUCGCAAAAAGACGAUGGGCUCUUUAAUAACUACUUCGAGCCCUACAUUCACGUUUUACACAAUUGCACAAAUGACGGAAUGUCACAAACAAAAACGCAAUUCGCAGAUUCCGUGGCAGUACUUGAAACAGUUGUAACGGUUAAAUACGUUGUCUACUUGCCGUAUUAA